AUGACAAGCGCUCUUUCGCCCUCGAUGGUCAACAAUCAGGUGCCCUUUGCAGAUGCCGGUCAUCUCAAACCUGGUCAUCGUCUUUCCCAGUCUCGCACUUCUUCUCCCUCACCUCAAAAGAAGCUGCGCAAAUCUUCAGCCUUCUCUACCUCCACGCCUGCACCGGCAUCGUCGCCGCUCAAGAAGCGUAGGAGCUCCUUUAAGCGCACCUCCAGCACAGCAAGCAUUAUGGAUGCCGUCAUGAGUUCGAGAGCAGCUACCGAUCACGACUCGGUCUCUGCACACCGCUCCAGCCUCCCUCUCUUGUCGUAUUGCGCAAUCGACUACAGCCCUUCUUCUCCUUUCGCUUCGUCAUCGCAGACCACUCUUGCUGAUCUCGAAACCCAAGAUGCUGCCAAGGUGCUUUCCACUCCUCGUCGCGGUAAGCGAGUAGGUGGUGUCGACAUGGGCUGGCAGUCACCCAUCACCGGCGACCAGACGCCUACUGUUGCCUCUGUAGCUGCUGCUUCCACCGCUGGCCCUCACACACUGCCAAGAGCAGCACGAUCCUCCCGAACGCUCAACAGCGCUGCCCUCGCCGCUUCUCCGAGCAGGCGCAAAGCCUCCACUGUCUUCGCAUCUGAACUGCGUCAAUCGCAAUGCAGUCUUGUCGACACUGCUGGUUGGGCCUCGGCAGCUAUGAUCAGCUCGGUCCCUCUCUCGCAAGUUCCAAUCCAAAGCUCGCCUUGCUUCAUCCCCGAGCCAGUCAUCACUGCUCUCACCACCGCCGAGACACGAGACCCUCUGUCUGCAUUCAUCCUCGACUCUUCUCCCAUCGUCAGCCAGAGCGCCAAGCUCGUACCUGUCGAGGUAAAAGGCCUCGGCCGUGUUGCGGUCCACCCCGACUUUGCGCAACAGAUCUCGGAUCACCCUCCAACACCAAGUCAGUUUGCGUCUGGACGAUUCUCCUUGUCGUCUGACCGUGAUACUAUGCUGCUCCGAGGGUCCUACUUCGAAGAUUCGGCUGCUCGCAGCGAAAAUGGCUCUUCCACAGAUCCCACGUCGGCAGGUACUCCUUGCCCAUCUGGCGUCUCGCCAAGCUUCUCGCUCUCUUCGCAGUUCCCUGCUUCCGAACCCGCCUCGCCCGUCAAGAAGAUGUCAGCAUCAACAACACGCCACUCUGAUGAUAUUGGCGCUGAAGCACAAAAGGCAUUGAUGGCUCUCAUGCAGAUCGACCCCACCCAAGUUCAGAAGCAGCAGCAAGACAAGCUCUACCGUCCGCGUCUCGGCGGAAGCACCGACUCCCGUGCCCACUUGCCGACACUUGACUGGCCUGACUGCCCUAGCGGUCCCUGGUCUGCUGCUGGUCGACACAUUGAUGAGAUCAAGCAGAAGCGUCGUCAAGGUAUCCAACGCUGGCUCCAAGCUGACUCGAGCGACGAGACCGAUCUCGAAGCCAAGGAGGCAUUCGAUGCUGCUUUCCGUCACCACCCUAUGGUGGCAAAAGCAUUGCUCGACCGUGCACGCAAGCAACAGCGUGCUCAGCGGUCGGCUGCUGCUGCCAGCGCACAGACGCUUUCCAGACGCGGUCGCAAGUCGAAGAAUCAACCCUUGCGCGUAGGUGAAACACCUUCCAAGCGACGUGGACGCAAACCCAAGCUACUUGCCUCGGUCACCACAGCCACCUCUUCUCGCAAGUCGGUCGCGACAGGCGCCUCAUCGGUACGAUCCAACACCAGCGCCAUCUUUGGCUGCAAGUGCGGCAUCGACGAUGACUCGAUCAUCAUGGUCCAGUGCGACGGAUGCAGGCGAUGGCUUCACCUGCCUUGUGUUGGCGUCAACACUGUGAACGACCUCGAUGACGAAUGGUACUGCGACGACUGCUGCCAAGCUGCUCUCACUGGGCACCUCUCGCCUGCAUCGUCGAUGCUUGCCUCUGUCUCAUCGUACGCUCACCUCAGCACGCCCGAUGCGCUCCAAGCGGUGAUUGCGGGCCAGGAGCCCGUCUUCACUUUGCCGAGCGGCACACCCAUCCAUCGCCACGGCGUUGCAGUGUCGUCCUCGAUCGCGUUGGCGCCCAGUCCUCCCUUGUUGUCGGUCGGUGACCGCGGUGGACGAAGCACCGUCAAGCGUCAAGGUCAGGGUCGAUCGCGUGCCGAGCGUGUUGGCUGGAGGAUGAACGAGCCUGGUUCGCCCCUUGCACGCAAGAGCACCACCGCUUCUUCGGGUGUACGACCAGCUGUGCUCGAGACUCCCAGCAAAUCGAGCGAAGCAGCCACCGACUUUACCGAUGCAAGCACCACUCCAAGCCUGCUCGCCGGCUUCUCUCGUGCCGACUGGGAGCCUACUCGUGCAAGCAAGAGGUCAGAGCGUCAGACCACACCACCUCGCAUGGUCGGGAUGAGCACCCCCAGCCGUCACGCAUCGGGACGCAAACCCAGCCAUUCCGGCCCGCUCUCCUUGGGACUGGGAGACGACGAAGCAGUCCACGCCGACGUCUUCUCCACUCCCUCCCGCCUCGCUUCUGGCGGAUCCUGGGCUUACCGCACUGGCGCAACCCAACCUUUGGGCAGCCAGACACCCUCUCGCUCCGGUGGUCGUCACCAACGCAUCGACUCCUUCAGCGGUGGACUUCUCUCCACCCCUGGACGAGACUUUUUGUCUGGAGCAUUCGGCACCGAACCAUCCACCAGCAUGCCCAGUCUGGUCUGCAGCUCCGGCUAUGUCGACAGCAGUUUCGCCGAUGACGAUACCUUCUCCAGUCGAGCAUGGCAACUUCAAUCCCCCACUUCGAGCACACGUGCUGCACGAGCACGUCAACCAUCCGGAUUUGGCACUCCUUGGUCUUCCUCCCUCCUCAAAACACCCGAGUUGCAACCUCGUCAGCCGAAUACGUCGUCGAUGCGAGGUGGAAGCGAUGGCUUCCCUCCUUCUUCCUCUCCCUUCCCUAGGACACCCACUUUCGAUAUGAGCAGUCCAAGGUUCCUCAACCACCACCAUUACGGCGGUGCUGGCUCGACGCAUGAGAGACAGCCUUCUCAUUUGGGAUUGGGUUUGCCUUCCGGUUCGAACAGCGCUAGGUUGCAUAAGGCGCUCGGUGCGGUGAAUGCAGCAGGCGGGAGAGAUGAUAGGUCGUUGUCGAUUUCAAGUGCUGGUGGUGGCAAACACCGUCAGGUUUCGACCGAGGUGUCGAUGGGGUUGGGAAUUGGGUUGGACUUGGAUGAUGUUUUGGAUUGGUCUUAA